CAGGAGGACAGCCCCCCCCCCGCGCACCGCUCUCUGUCUCUUGAUGUUUGAUCCCUCCGCGGCGGCCACAGGCAUGAGCGAUGGCGGUGCCCAGGCCGGCAGGAGCCCCCUGCUGCUGGGGGAGCCGGGCGCCCCGGAGCGCGCCCGGGGGAAGAGCGGUGCCCGGCGGGAGCUGGAGACCGCGCUGCGUGGAGCCGGCGGCGGACUCGGACUGAAGGACGUCCCGGGAACCUCGGCGGCCAGCCCCGGCUCGUCCCAGGAGUGCGUCCCGGAGAGCGACAGCCAGUCCGGGGGAGGAGAAGCGGAUUACUGCCGCCGGAUCCUGGUGCGAGAUGCCAAAGGGACCAUCCGGGAGAUUGUUCUCCCCAAAGGGCUGGAUCUGGACCGGCCCAAGAGGACCCGAACCUCUUUCACAGCCGAGCAGCUGUACAGGCUGGAGCUGGAAUUUCAGCGGUGUCAGUAUGUCGUCGGCAGGGAGAGGACGGAGCUCGCGAGGCAGCUCAACCUAUCAGAGACACAGGUGAAAGUCUGGUUCCAGAACCGGCGCACCAAGCAGAAGAAGGACCAGAGCAGGGACUCUGAGAAACGCUCGUCCUCCACCUCCGAAUCCUUCGCCACGUGUAACAUCCUCCGGCUCCUGGAACAAGGGAGACUUUUGUCCGUGCCGGCCCCUUCCAACUUGCUCUCUCCAAAUGCGAAUCCCAUCGGGAGCCCUGCCGGGAAUGGAUCCAGCCUGGCUCCCUCUGGCACCACCUCGCCUGGGCUGAGCAGUGGAAACAGCCCUCCUGGGACAGGAGCCUUCAGCCUGCAGGUCCCGUCGCUAGCAUCCUCCUCUUCCUCACCCAGGCUCCCUGCCACCCCGCUCUGUUUCAGCGGCCCGCUCCUGGGCAGCCUGCAUGAGCUACCCAGCGGCUACGGACUGGGGAGCUCUGCCUUUGAGCCUUACAUGCGGCUGGAGAGGAAAGACAGUCCUGUACCCAGCAAGAAGCCGAGUCUUUAACUAAAACCCAGUGUCAAAAUCACCCCCACCCUGUCUCCCGCAUGGGGCUGUUCUGUGGCCAGUGGAAUUGCAAAGACCGUUGAACAAAUGUCCAGGUGACGUGCGUGU